GUAUAGCAAUGACUGUACGGAUACCCAAAAGUGCCACUCAUUUAUAACAUUGCUUUUGACAAAGCAUUAGACGAUUGAAAAGUGGUGUCAAUUGUAACGAUUGGGACAACAAUUGACUCAACUGUCCGAAGAAGUUAUUGUUGAUUAUCAGUUGAUUACAAAUAAGUCAUUUUCAAUGGUUUUAGCCGACCGUUUGGCCAAUGAGUCGAAAUAUAACGGUUCUAAUGGCCGUAGAAACCGUGCGGUCAGUCCUCAGCCACGGCUAGAAUCGGCUCUUAAUAACAAUAAUGGCAUUCAUUCUACUGAUGACAGCAACCAUUCAGACGACUCAGACCAUGGAAUGAGAGUGGGAUCUGAAUAUCAGGCAAUAGUUCCAGAAAUGGUGUCUAUACUUCCAGCUCCCGAUCACGAACCUGAACGAGCAGUUCUCGUAUGGUCGCCGUGUAAUGACAUUCCCGAUAUUAAGCUGGACGAUUAUCUGAAUUUGGCGAAAGAAAAGUACACUUAUAAUAGUGAACAGGCCUUAGGGAUGUUGUGUUGGCAUAAAUUCAAUUUAGAGAAAGCAAUGGCAGACUUACCUAAUUUUACGCCUUUUCCCGAUGAGUGGACAGUUGAGGAUAAAGUGCUUUUUGAACAGGCCUUUCAGUUUCAUGACAAACAUUUCCAUAAAAUUAGACAAAUGUUGCCCGACAAAUCAAUUGCAAGUUUAGUAAAGUAUUACUACUCGUGGAAGAAAACCCGCAGUCGAACAAGUCUUAUGGAUAGACAGGCAAAGAAGCUGACAUCACAUAAAGAUGAUGGAAGUGAUGUCGGUUCAGAUAACGGUUCUGAUAAUGAAAGUGAUACGACAAACAAUAAGGAAUUAUCUGUUCAGAAUUCAAGAGAUGGUAAACCCAUGUGUUCUAAUUGUUUUACGACAUCAAGUGGUCAAUUCCACAACACUAAUAAAGGAGUUCUUUGUCGAACUUGUUAUUCUUAUUGGCGCCGAACGGGAGCCAUGAAGAACACGACUACACAUAAGAAACACGAAUCGGCAUCCAAUCGACACAUUCAAUUGAAACCUCGUAAACCUCCGCGAGGAAUGUAUUUGAGUAAUGACGACCUGAUUGCCAUCGCUAAUGGUCCUCCGGGUCAGGGAGACGCCAUUCUCAAAGGUCUCGACUCAGAAGUAAUUACUUUAAAAAGAAACGUUCAAAAUAACAAACAAAUUAUAAGUCAAUCGAAACACAAAAUAGGAGAUGGAAUGGAAGGCUUUCGUUUGUCAGAAAAUACGGCUCGUAUUAACAGUCGCUGGUCUAAUGAUGAACUGUUACUCGGCGUUCAAGGGGUCCGUAAAUACGGAAAAGAUUUUAAAGCCAUCGCCGAAGUAAUCGGAAACAAAAGUGAAGCACAUGUCCGCACAUUCUAUGCUAACCAUCAAAAAAGAUUUAAUUUGAAUGCUGUACUCAAAGAAUAUGAAAAUGAAAAUGGAGUCAUUGAUGAUGAAGAAAAUAAAGAUAAAACCGACAAUCAUAACGAUUCUGUGGCUGUCGAGCGCUCAAACUCUCCGCAAAUCACUUCACAUAUUAGUAGCGGUCAAUCGACAUCAGGUGUCGGCUCAGCACCGCCUCCAUUGAGACCAAUUCAUUCAACUAAUACUUCAAUUUCUUCAAAAAUAGAAAAAUCAAGUUUACUACCCCGACAACCACCGCCCCCACCCCUUACACCCAAUUCAAACUUAAGAUCAAAUAAGUAAUAUAUAUUUCACAGUAAAAUAAAUCCAAUAUAUGCACCAAAGUUUGUUGCAAUUGUAAACUAUUAUUUAGAAAUUAAAACCCCUUUUAUAACAAUUCAAAUUUAAUUUUAAUAAACAUAUCUUA